UCAUUAUUAUCAAUAUUAUUAUUAUCAUCAUCAUCGAUGGCAAUGAAUCAUUCAUCAUCAUCAAAUUUUUCUAGUCCAUCCAAUAAUCAAUACUCGUCAUUACUACAAUCAUCUGUACAAUUAUCAUCAUCAACAACAACAACAUCAACAACAACAAUAUCAACAACAACAACAAAGCCUAGUCAAGAUGAUCUAACAAUCUUAACAUUUGUUAAAUGGUCUUCCGAUGGUUCAUCAUCAUUAUCAUCAUCGUUAGAUGAAGAAUCUGAAGAUUAUUCAACAAUAAUUCCAUCAUCCUCAUCAUCAUCAGUAGCAGCAAUAGCCGAACAUCAUCAUCAUCGUCACCAUCAGCAGCAACAACAACAACAAAAAGAAUUGAUAAAAAAAAAAUCUUUACCAUCCAAUCGUGUGGACAUUUGUCAACGUUGUUGGUGCCACAAAGAUCAUGAAUUAGAUUGUCGUUUUCGUAAUGAUCAACAAUCACAAAUUGAUUCCAUUCCAGCAUUUAAUGAUUCAAAAGAUUUAAUGAAAAUAAUUGACAUAAUCGCUUCAAAUCAACCAUAUCUACGGCAUUUAGAUCGUGUACAAUUAUUGCCAUAUGUAAAUAUUGAAAAAUUAAUCAUCGACAAUAGUGGCCUUGAAAUAAUCGAUGUCGAUACAUUUAUUGGUAAUUUUCAUUUAAAAGAAAUAUCAUUAAAAAACAAUAAAUUACGAACAAUCACAUGGCGACAUUUCGAUGGACUUAAUCUAUUUGAUCUCAGCCUGGAAAAUAAUCCAUUCGAAUGUGAUUGUCCAAUAUCGAAAUGGAUUGAACAACUUGUCAAUGAUAAUAAACACAAUAUUCUUGGACCAUAUUGGAUGAAUAUUACCUGUUUAUGGCCAAAUGAAUUGGAACAAAAACCACAAAUUUUGGCUAAUCUUUCAUUGGACACUUGUACAUUUCCAACGAUUAAAACCGAACCAGAUAUAGUGGAAAUCAAUGAAAAUGAAUCAACAAUUUUAACAUGUACGGCUACAGGAUUACCAUUGCCAAUUAUUGCCUGGAAUACAACUGCAAUGGAUUCAAAUUAUACAUUAAUGGACGUUGAAAGUGAUGAAACAACCAUCGAUGGAACAUUGAAAUUGUAUACAGUGAAACAAAUGUUACGCAUUAAUGAUGCUCAUGUAGAUGACAAUGACUAUCUUGUAUGUGAAGCUGAAAAUUCUGCUGGUAAAGUAUUUGCGAAGAUUUCCGUCAAUGUUCAUUCUGCGCCUAAAAUUGUCAUUAUGAAAUUACAACGAAAAUUUUACAUCAACAUUGUGUUUCGUAUAAAAGGUAUACCGUAUGCAAAAACAACAUGGUAUAAAAAUGGAAAACCAUUAGAAAUGUCUGAAGAUUUUCAUGAAUAUCAAAUUGAUCAUCGUGCAUUUAUUGAUGGCCAUCUAGAAAUACGUAAACAAACACAAGCAAAUAAUGGUGAAUAUACAUUGAUAGCGACAAAUGAAUUUGGUACAGUAAAACGUUCGAUUAAUGUUACAUUCAAUCAAGAAUUUAUUUCACCAGCUACAACAUUUCCGGCCAUGCCACCAUUUAUUAAUCGACAACAGAAUGAUAAUAAAAAUAAUCCACCCAUUAUUUCGGUGAUGCCAAAAAUGCCAUCUGAUAUAUCUGAAUCGGAUAGUUUCGAUAUAAUCACCAGUAAUGGAAACGAUGGCCAUGAUGGUAGUAGUGGUGAUAAUGAUUAUGAUGAUGAUGAUGAUAAUAAUAGCAACCAUAAUAAUAAUAAUAAUGGGAUAUUCAAUUUCUCAACAAAUUUUAUCUUAAGUAGUUUGCUAAUCAUUUCAAUAAUUGUCAUAUUUGUCACAAGUCUAAUGUUUCGUGGUCAAAUUGGCUGUAAAAAGAAACCGAUGCAUCGAUCAUGGGAAUCGGCAAUCGAUAUUAAUCAUAAUCAAAAAUUACAUGAACAAUCAUUCCCGUUGUCUUUAUUAACAACAUUACCUAAUUGGUUGAAUCGAAAAUUACGAUUAAUACGUGCAAGACGUACAAAUAAUCGUCAUCGUACAUCUACACGGAUACCACAUACGCGUGCAAUGAUGUAUUAUAAUAAAGGUCGUAAUGGUGGACAAAUACAACAGAUUGAUACAAUGAAUUCCAAUCAUACGAACAUUAUUAAUUGGUCCACUGAUUCAUCAUCAAGUAACAAUAACAACAACAAUGUUAUUUUACCGAAAAAAACAUCAUAUCGUCCAGAAAAUGAUCCAAUAGCCAUUAUGAUUAGCAAUAAACAAGUUAAUCGAUCAUUGGUGGAAAAUUUCGUACAAAAUCAAAACUAUUUUUCUGAAGCACAACAACUUCUUAAGAAUUCUGCAAUCUAUCAUAUCAGUACUGAAAAGAUUAAUUUCAUACGUGAAUUGGGUGAAGGUGCAUUUGGUCGUGUAUUUUUGGGCACAGUUGAUUAUUUAACGGCCGAUGAACCAACCACAAUGGUGGCCAUAAAAAUGUUGAAAGAAACCCAAGCAAAUUGUACUGAUCUUCUUGAUGAAUUUUCACGUGAAGCAGAAUUCUUGGCCAAUCUAAUACAUCCGAAUAUUGUUACAUUUUAUGGUAUUUCAAUGGAUGGCCCUACAUUGAUGAUGCUUUUCGAAUAUAUGGAAUAUGGUGAUCUAAAUAAUUUUCUUCGCGAACGUGAUCCAUUCCAUUCUAAUUUGAUUGGCAAUAAUAAUAACAACAACAACAACAAUGAUGAUAAUGAAACAAAGCCAUUGGUCAAUUCAUUUUCAGCCAAUAACCGCCGUGAAAUGCGACCAUUAGAGCUAACAGAUUUACUAUAUAUUGCUACGCAGAUUGCUGCCGGUAUGGAAUAUCUAGCCACACAACAUUUUGUACAUCGUGAUUUAGCCACCCGAAAUUGUUUAGUCGGUGUUGGUUUGAUAACUAAAAUUGGUGAUUUUGGAAUGUCUCGUGAUGUUUAUGCUACCGAUUAUUAUCGGGUUGGACGUGAUGUUCUACUACCAAUACGAUGGAUGAGUCCAGAAAGUAUAAUGUAUCGAAAAUAUACCGUUGAAAGUGAUUGCUGGAGUUUUGGUAUUCUAUUAUGGGAAGUUUUAACCCAUGGUAAACAGCCAUGGUAUGAAUUUACUAAUCUUGAAGUAAUACAGAAUGUUACACGUGGAAAAUUACUUUCACCACCUGAUAAUUGUCCAUUAGAAUUAUAUAAAAUAAUGCUUGAAUGUUGGCGUUUUAAACCAACAGAACGUGCCUCUAUAUCAUCCGUACAUAAAAUAUUGCGAACAUUAUUGGAAAGAUAUAAAACAAUGGAUCCAUGUAAUAUACCGAUGGUUAAUCCAGAUGUACCUAUUAUUAUGGCGCCACCAACUGUACCAUUAAUGGCUAAUAAAAUGUACUUUGUACGACAACCUAGUCAACAAGAUGAUAAUGAUAAUGAUAAUAAUAAUAAUAAUAAUGAAGAUGAAAAUAUCAACAUUAAUGUCAAUGAUGAUGAUGAUGAUGAUGAUGAAAAUGAUUAUGGUGAUAUUAUUGUUGGUAAACCGGAGGAUGAUCAUCCAAUCACCUAUUUGAAAUUGAGCCACUAAAUAUAUAGUAGAAAUGGAAUAUACGAUUUUAUACAAUGAAAAACUUGAAAAUUCAGUAUUAUUUUACUCAUUGAUUUACACACAAAUAUAUGAUACAUUUAUAAAUCGAUUUCGAACCAUUGAUUCAUUAUUAAUCAAAGUGAAUGCAGAAAAAAAAGUUGCAACUUUUUUCC